GAAUGUCCUAAGCCUGUUUUGGAAGAACACGGGUGAAUCACUGUCCGGACUGAUAUGCAUUAUGAGGACUAUGCAAGGUUGGAUCAGGCACAAUCUGUGCUCUGUUUGAACUCCAGUAGUUCAAUAUUAACUCAGGAGCUGCAGUAGUAGGUUUUGGAGGUUUGCUAGCAGCCUGUGUGUUCUAGGUCUUUUCAGUUGUAGUCACUUUAUAGAAUGGGAGCCGCACCAGUGUCUUUCCUCAUAACUCUUCUCCUCAGCCAAGCCCUUCAGUUGACACUCUGCUAUGAUGUUUUUAUCGACGGUCCGCGGGCUGCUCAGGUUAUCCGAGCAAGGAGAGCGAACUGGCACUUUGAAGAAAUGAAGCAGGGAAAUCUAGAGAGGGAAUGUAUGGAGGAGAUCUGCAGUCAUGAGGAGGCUCGCGAGGUGUUUGAGAAGACCGAUGCAACGAAUCAAUUUUGGGAGAAAUACUUAGGUUGUGAAGGCAACACAUUAAAGAGGACUCUGGACAGUGUGGGCAAAGUUAGAACUUGUGUAGAAAGAAAAGAUCUGUGCUACCAUGGCAUUGGUGAAGACUAUUCUGGUAAUGUUAGCAUUACUAUUUCUGGAAAGCAAUGUCAGUACUGGAAAAGCAACUUCCCUCACAAAAUCACUGAGUUCAAUACUACAGUGCUGAAAUUGCCGAAGAAUUUCUGCAGGAACCCAGAUAAGAGUCCCAAUGGGCCUUGGUGUUUCACCCGGGACCCCACAGUCAGGAGAGAGAAGUGCUGGGUGGCAAAAUGCGGUCAGGUCUUAGGACCUCUCCCUACUCCGCCGGCACAGACUAUAGCUGAGCACUACACUAAGACCGACUGCCUGACUGACCAAGGGGAGACGUAUACUGGAAAUCUGUCUGUGAGUCUGCUUGGCUACACCUGCCUAGAGUGGAGCCUGUCCAAAGUAAAGGCCCUGAGUGUGGGGAAGGAGUUUAUACCUGAAGUGUCACUGGUGAAGAACCACUGCAGGAACCCAGAUGGUGAUCUAGAGGGUCCGUGGUGCUAUGUGAAGAACAAGGCUGGAAACAUAACCAUGGACUACUGUAACCUUGAGCUGUGUGAUGAUCCGCUGGACGGGAAAGUGGAGGAGACAGGUGAGAUACACCAAAGAGCAGAUCUGGGAAAAAGGACGACUUUCUUUAGCCCACGCAGCUUCGGCCAUGGAGAACUGGAAUGUGGAGUACGUCCCCUGUUCGAGAAAAUACACAAAACUGAUUCAACAGAGCAAGAUCUAACUGAGUCAUAUUCAAAGAGAAUUGUAGGAGGGGUCUCUGCUGAAGUAGGAAGUGCACCAUGGCAGGUGAUGCUAUACAAGCGUAGUCCUCAGGAGCUGUUGUGUGGGGCCAGUUUGAUCAGUGAUGAGUGGAUCCUCACUGCUGCUCACUGCAUCCUGUACCCACCAUGGAACAAAAAUUUCACCAUCGACGACAUCCUUGUGCGUCUUGGAAAACACUAUCGUGCCAAGUAUGAAAAGGGCACUGAGAAGAUUGUGGCAAUUGAUGAGAUCAUUGUUCAUCCGAAGUACAACUGGAAAGAAAAUCUGAAUAGGGACAUUGCUCUGCUCCACAUGAAAAAACCCAUCAGCUUCACUGAUGAGAUCCAUCCCAUCUGCAUGCCGACCAAGAGUAUUGCAAAUACCUUGAUGACUGAAGGGUUCAAAGGUCGUGUGACCGGCUGGGGCCUCCUGAAGGAGUCAUGGACGUCGAAUCCUCAGAACCUGCCAUCAGUACUGCAGCAGAUCCACCUGCCCAUCGUCAAGCAGGAAGAGUGUCGCAAAUCCACAUCCAUCCGUAUCACUGACAACAUGUUCUGUGCAGGUUACAGCCCAGAUGAUACGCAAAGAGGCGACGCCUGUGAAGGAGACAGCGGGGGACCUUUUGUAAUGAAGAGCCCUCUUGAUCAGCGCUGGUAUCAGCUCGGUAUUGUGUCUUGGGGCGAGGGCUGCGAUCGGGACGGCAAAUAUGGAUUCUACACUCACCUGUUCCGCAUGCGUCGCUGGAUGAGGAAGAUUAUUGAAAAAUCAGAUGGGGCUGAUGAUGAGUAAUGAUGAUUGAUAUACUUGUGUUUUCACAAGAAUUAAAGAUCUCUCUCUCUCUCUCUCUCUCUAAAGUACAAAUAAACUUUGACUAUUUCAUGUUUA